AUUUGUGGAAAAUAAAGCAUUCUAUAGGCGGAGCUAGUGAACGCCUCUUUUAAAACACAAGUCUCCACACUUCCCUGUUCACUUCGGUUCCAGCAUCCUGUCCAGCAAAGAAGCAAUCAGCCAAAAUGGUACCUGGAGGCUUAUCUGAGGCCAAACCCGCCACUCCAGAAAUCCAGGAGAUUGUUGAUAAGGUUAAACCACAGCUUGAAGAAAAAACAAAUGAGACUUACGAAAAAUUGGAAGCUGUGGAGUAUAAAACCCAAGUCGUUGCUGGAACAAAUUACUACAUUAAGGUACGAGCAGGUGAUAAUAAUUAUAUGCACUUGAAAGUAUUCAAAAGUCUUCCCGGACAAAAUGAAGACUUGGUACUUUCUGGAUACCAGGCUGACAAAAACAAGGACGAUGAGCUGACGGGCUUUUAACAGCAUGUUCCCAAAGUGUUCUGAUUCCUUCCACUGGCUACUGAGUCAUGAUCUUUGCUGAUAAAUAUAAUCAUCAAUAAAGAAGCAUUCUUUUCCAAAGUAAUUAUUUCUUCAAUUAUUUCUCAUUUAUUGUAUUAAACAGAAAUUACCUUUUCUUUCUCAAAAUCAGUGUUAUUGCUUUAGAGUAUAAACUCCAUAUAAAUUGAUGGCAAUUGGAAAUCUUAUAAAUACUAGUCAAGCCUAAUGCAACUGGCUAAAGGAUAGUACCACCCUCACCCCCACCAUAGGCAGGCCGGUUCGUGGACUAUCAGUUCACCAGCCUCCUUGUUCCCUGUGGCUGCUGAUAACCCAACAUUCCAUCUCUACCCUCAUACUUUAAAAUUAAAUCAAGUAUUUUACAAA